UUCAUUGACAACUAUGGAGCGUCUACUGGAUCUGCUGUGUUUGUGUCUUCUGUGUUUGACCGGGAAAACACUUUGUGAUGAAAACGGACCAAAAAACAUCACAGUGGAAGGAGGGACUGAUGUAAUGUUACCCUGUUCUCUCAGCACCAAGGAGAACAUUACUUCAAAACUGUUUGACUGGAGGAAAGUUUCUCAGAAAGAUGAUGGUCUGAAGGAGGUGUUCAUGUAUGCUGCAGGCAUUCAUUACAACAACGGUCGUCCAGGUCAGAGUGAAGAGUUCAAAGGUCGAGUCUCUCAUUUUCCAGAUGAACUGAAACACGGCAACGCCUCCAUAAUCAUCAGAAAUACAAAGGUAACUGACAGUGGAGUCUACACCUGUGAUUUUCCGAAUCUUCAGCCACCUCAAACAUUCAACAUUAAGCUUGUUGUUGUUGGUGCAGCUUUAAAACCAUCUGUUACAAUAUUUAAUGCAACAGCAGACUCGGCGCUGCUGCAGUGUGAAGUUCACGGCAAUCCAAAACCUAAAGUAGAGCUGCAGGACAGUGAUGGAAACAACCUUCAUGCUAAAGUAAUACAGGACUCAGAAAGAGAAGGCAGCUUCUACAUCACCCUCCAAACUACUGUGACCAAGACCGGCACCUAUCGCUGUGUAGUCACACAGGAGGAAAUCAAACAUCAGAUUUAUGCUGAGACCUCUGUCCAUAUCAGUGGCUUUGCCCCCUAA